AUGUCUUCUGCCCGCGUGUGCCUGCCCGCGGUCACAGCGCUGCUGCUGCUGUGUGCCCUUCAGGCUUUGCUUGCCAGCAAUGGGACCUCGGUGCUGACAGAGUUACUGGAAGAAGCUGGGAUCUCACCUCUGCAUCAGCUCACCGGAAUCGGCAGCCACCCGGAGCUCCAGACAACCAGCCACCCAGUAAAAAUGCAGAGCAGCGAGGAUGAAGGGGGUACUCACGGUCGCGACAUCGUGGGCUUCCAGAUGGUUAAGUGGCAAUGGGCUCAUGUCCAAGGACCCUACCUGAUAGCAGUGUGGAUACUGGUAGCCAGCCUGGCCAAAAUCUUGUUUCAUCUCUCAAGCAAAGUGACGACUGUGGUGCCAGAAAGCUGUCUGCUGAUCUUUCUGGGUUUGGGCCUUGGGGGUAUUGUCCUUGCAGCUGCCAAGAAACCAGAGUACCAGCUGGACCCAGAUACCUUCUUUCUCUUUCUUCUCCCACCCAUUGUGCUAGACUCGGGGUACUUCAUGCCCAGCAGGCUCUUCUUUGACAACUUUGGUGCAAUUCUGAUGUAUGCAGUAAUCGGCACCCUCUGGAAUUCAUUUACAACUGGAACAGCACUUUGGGGCAUCAAGCUAGCUGGCCUCAUGGAUCCUAAAGUGAAAGCAGGUUUGCUUGAUUUCCUGCUUUUUGGGAGUCUGAUAUCUGCUGUGGACCCAGUGGCAGUUAUAGCUGUGUUUGAGGAAGUCCAUGUUAAUGAAACUCUGUUCAUCAUUGUGUUUGGAGAGUCGCUUCUUAAUGAUGCCGUAACUGUUGUGCUUUAUAAAGUGUUUAAUUCUUUUGUGGAAAUUGGCUCAGAAGAUAUACAAGCUUUGGAUUAUGUCAAGGGUGUAGGUUCAAUCUUUGUGGUGAGUUUGGGUGGAACUGCUGUAGGAAUUGUGUUUGCCUUUGUGCUGGCCCUCAUCAGCCGCUUCACCAAGCGGGUUCGCAUCAUUGAGCCACUCUUCAUCUUCCUGAUUGUUUACCUAGCCCAUCUCACAGCUGAAAUGGUUUCUCUCUCCUCCAUCUUGGCUGUCACCUUCUGUGGUCUGUGUUGCAAAAAGUAUGUGGAAGCUAACAUUUCACAGAAAUCCCGCACAACUGUCAAGUAUACAAUGAAGACUUUAGCCAGCAGUUCAGAAACAAUCAUCUUCAUGCUGUUGGGAAUUUCAGCUGUUGACACCUCGAAGUGGACCUGGGACACAGGUUUGGUGCUCUUCACACUUCUCUUCACAUUUGUCUUCAGGGCAAUAGGGGUAAUUCUGCAGAGUUGGGUUUUAAAUCAUUUUCGGCUGGUCCCACUGGACCGGAUUGACCAGGUGGUUAUGACAUAUGGUGGCUUGCGUGGUGCUGUAGCAUUCGCAUUGGUGAUACUUCUCAAUGAUCAAACUGUCAAGGCAAAGGACUACUUUGUUGCAACGACUAUCACAGUUAUAUUUUUCACAGUGAUAAUUCAGGGACUGACCAUUAAACCUCUUGUUAAAUGGCUGAAAGUAAAAAGGAGUGAUCAUCAUAAGCCAACACUUAAUGAAGAGUUGCAUGAACGUGCUUUUGACCACAUUCUGGCAGCUGUGGAAGACAUUGUAGGUCACCAUGGUUACCAUUACUGGAGAGACAAAUGGGAGCACUUUGACAAGAAGUACCUGAGCCAGCUAUUGAUGCGCAAGUCAGCCUAUAGGAUCAAGGAUGAUAUUUGGGACGUGUACCAAAAGCUCAAUGUCCGUGAUGCCAUCAGCUUUGCUGACCAGGGAGGUCACAUGUCAUCAGGAAAAUUCACAUUUGCAUCUAUGCCAAGUAGAACGUCAUUCUCUGAAACAUCUGUAACAAACCUCCUGAGGGAGAGCGGGAGCGCAGUGUGUCUAGAUUUACAAGUGAUUGAAACAGUGAGGAGUGGCAGAGAUCGGGAAGACACAGUGAUGCACCAUGUCUUAAGAGAGAACCUAUACAAGCCAAGGAGAAGGUAUCAAGGAAAUUAUAGUCGGCACUUCAUCGCUCAAGGUGAACAAGAAAGGCAAGAAAGGGAAGUUUUCCAACGGAACAUGAGAAGUCGUCUUGAGUCAUUCAAGUCCACCAAACAUGUAUACUCUUCAAAGAACAAAUGCAGGCAUAAGAAAGAGCACAAGUGUCAAAAAAGGAGAAAUGCUGAAGGUACAAAUGGUCAAGUACCACAUGAUAAAUUACGGCGAAAUGUCAGCUGGCAUGACACAGUUUCAGUUUUUGUAGAAGUCGACUCAGAAGAUGAGGAAAAGGAUAAAGCUACGAAGGUGAAAGAACAAGAGGAUGAUGAGGGCAUUACCUUUAUGGCAAGAGCAGCGAAUGAGAACUUACAAGAAAGAAAAAUUUCAGGUAAUUUUGAAUAUCCUCAAAGCCCAAGCAUUAUUCCACCAUCUCCUACUUCUGCUGAAAAAGAGCUUCCCUGGAAAGGCGAUCAGGGUGAUCUUCCAGCCUGUGUGUCUUCAGAAACCAACAAGAUUGUGCCAAUCGACUUGCAAUACGCCUGGAAGCAAAGUACAUUGUCACUAGAGAGCCUGGUCUCGCCACCUAUAUCCGAUGCAGUGUUUCAGCCAAAGACCUCAAACUUCAUGCUGGAGGAAUGCACAGCUUCAGCUAUCCUGCCAGUGCCACGACAUCCCAUCCAUUUCCAGUUUCCUUGUACAGCUGUUGAAAGAUGCGCUGAUGAGGACACCAUGGAGUCUGUUCAGCAGCAGGAGCUGCAGCCCCUUAUGUCGGCUGAAGGUGACAGCCGACCAGUCCCAUCUGCUGGGUUAGUGAGUACCAGGUGGCCAGCACCAUUCCACAGACCUUCCUAUGUCUCAGCUCUGAGAUCUUUGGUAACCUCAACACAAUAUAACAUUAGACAGCCAGAGAAGUCUGGUAAUAUACAGACAAAUCUCUAA